UCGUUUGAUCUCCUUCUUUUUGUUUAUUGUCUAAUCAAUGGAUUCAGAACUUUCCUUAUGGUUUUAUUCCAUGACUAGUGCUUUCUUCUUCGUGUUCUUCACUUUCACCCUCUUGUUUUCUUUGUUUUCGUUGCUGGUCUUCGUUUUGAGGUCGAAGCUAUGGUGUAAAUGUGAAAUCUGCGAGGCUUAUCUUACUUCAAGCUGGGCCAAAGAGUUCGACAAUCUUUGUGACUGGUAUACUCAUCUUCUUAAAAGAUCCGCCACAGGAACCAUCCAUAUCCAUGUUCUUGGCAAUAUCAUCACGGCAAAUCCUGGUAAUGUCGAGCACAUGCUCAAAACCAGAUUUGAAAUUUACCCGAAAGGGAAAACUUUCUCCACUCUCCUCGGCGAUCUUCUUGGUAGAGGUAUUUUCAACGUCGACGGCGAUUCGUGGAAGUUUCAGAGGAAAAUGGCCAGUCUCGAGCUCGGUGGCGUCUCCGUAAGAGCGCACGCUUUUGAUAUUGUUCAAUCAGAGAUUCAGUCCAGGCUUCUGCCUCUUUUAUCGUCGGUUUCCGGUAAAGAACAGGUUCUUGAUUUACAAGAUGUGUUUAGAAGAUUUUCAUUCGAUAAUAUAUGCAAAUUCUCCUUCGGGUUAGACCCCGGUUGCCUGGAAUUAUCAUUGCCGGUUUCAGAAUUCGCUGAAGCUUUUGAUUUGGCAUCUAAAUUUUCGGCACAAAGAGGGCUGGCGUGUUCUUCUUUGAUAUGGAAGGUCAAAAGGCUACUGAAUUUAGGCACGGAGAAGCAGCUUAAAGAAGCCAUUAAAAUACUUGAUGAAUUUGCUCAACAGAUGAUAAAUCAACGGCGACAAAAUGGGUUUUCUGAAAGAAACGAUCUACUGUCAAGAUUCAUGGGAACUAUCAACGAAGACAAGUAUCUCAGAGACAUUGUCGUAAGUUUCCUCUUGGCCGGUCGCGACACGGUGGCCUCAGGGUUAACUAGCUUCUUCUGGUUGUUAACUCAGCAUCCAGAAGUUGAGUCAGCCAUCCUAGACGAGCUGGAACGAGUCAUGGGUUCGAGUGACGAGCAAUUCGCGAGUUUCAACCAAAUGCGGGAAAUGAACUAUUUGCACGCGGCCUUGUACGAAAGCCUGAGACUUUUCCCACCGGUCCAAUUCGACUCCAAGUUUGCUGAAGAAGAUGACAUAUUGGUUGAUGGAACCUUUGUGAGCAAAGGCACCAGGGUUACCUACCAUCCAUAUGCAAUGGGUCGGAUGGAGCAGGUUUGGGGCUCCGAUUGUCUUCAAUUCAAGCCACACAGAUGGUUGAAAAACGGUAGAUACAUGCCUCAUGACUCGUACAAGUUCCCAGUUUUCCAAGCUGGGAAAAGGGUUUGUUUAGGGAAGGAAAUAGCAGUCAUGGAGAUGAAAUGUGUGGUUCUGGCCGUAAUCAAGCGGUUCAAAAUCCUGGUUCCCGGUCUUACUCAACCACCCAGGUUUGCCCCUGGUCUUACUGCCACCUUGAGAGGUGGCUUACCGGUUCUAGUCCAAGAAAGGGAAGCUUAAUUCAGACAUAUUCCUACAGUUUUUAAAUCUGAAGUU